AUGGCAGAAGAUGAUCGAGUCGAUGUCUCUGAAGAAGUCAAUCCACCGGUCCCGACUCAUUCUCAACCACCCCCGGCACACGCUCCGCCGCCUCCGACUCCCGCAGGCAUACUCCCGGCGUAUUCGAGCGCCCCUCCGACACAUCUCCCGCCCCCAACGUCUUCAGGGACGCCCCUUCCACCAGUCUCACUGACAUCAUCCACCUCCGAUGACCAAGCCCGCAUCACGGCACUCAAGGGCACGAUCAACCAAAUGGCCGCCAACAUGGCGGAACUGCUCGCCCUGCUUAGAGGACCAAACCGUGCAUCCUCGAGCUCCACGCCUCCACCGGGACAAGGGCCAACAGUCGACUCGACUCCUUGGGUUCCACCGACUCAAGCCCCGGAGAACAUGGAUGCGCUCGCACCACCAACACUGCAUACGUUCAUGGCUCACCCUUUCACCAGCCCAUAUCCGCCACCACCGGCCCCCACGACUGUCCCUCUUCCACCGGCGACAUUCCUGUCCUCGGAGCAGGCCCUGUCCGCACAUCCUCCUAUCUCUAUACCGGUCCCAGCCGCGGCCUAUACAGUGCCUCCACCGAUGGUCUUCCCGGUAUCAAGUGCACCUGUUUCGACUCACCCUCAAGCCGCGGAACUUCCUCCGUACCCGUCUUUUCAGCCCCAUGUCGGCCUCUCUUAUCAGGCACCGCCCCCUAUAAACACCACCUUCCUCGAACUAGGCACGCCGACUCGCGCGGUCCAGUUCGCCUCACCAACGCACUUCUUCCCCGAGGCUGACGCCGAACAAGAACGUAGAUUGAAGCGAAUGGAGGAGACGAUACGAGCCCUACAAGCGAGUGAUGCUUGA